AUGAGUCGGGUGGCAGUGCGUUUGCCCAAUCCUGGACUCACUGAGUCACUCACUCCGAUGGACUCUGAGCUGCUAGAUCCAUUCGUUGCUCAGGAGCUACCUGAGUCAGUGACAUCAACCCUCGAUGACUAUGCCAGUUGCGCGCGCUUCAACUCUACAGGGAGAUUUAUAGCGGCUGGAAGGGCUGAUGGCUGGGCAACAGUAUGGGAUAUAGACACGCAGGGCGUCUUGAGAUCGCUUCCAGGACAUUACGACAAAAUUACUGCUGUCAGCUGGUCGCGGAAUUCGCGCUUUCUUUUGACAGCUUCUCGUGAUUGGAAUGUUGUCUUAUGGGAUUUAGAGUACGGAACACGUGUGAGGACGAUCCGCUUCGACUCGCCUGUCAUCGGGGCCUCUCUGCAUCCAAAGAACUGCAAGAUCCUGUUAGCUGUCUUAUCCACUGGCCAAUGCUACACCGUUGACACGAGAAAUGGUUCGACAGAGAGGGUGGAAUUGCAAUACUCGCCGAACGAAGCUGAGGAUGAAGCGGAACAGCCUACCAGCCGGAAGAAAUUCAGCAUAACAACGGCUCGUUUCAGUCCAGAUGGGAUGUUAGUGUUUGUGGGGACCUCUCGUGGCGACUUGCUGGUGUAUGACCUAAGAAGCAAACAGCUAGUUCACGAAGAGAAAAUAUCAAACGCAAAUAUCAAGCACCUAGAGUUCAGUGCUGCUGGAGGACAUCUAGCAAUAUGUUCCAGUGAUCGCGUCGUGAGAAUUAUGAAGCGAAUACAUGCGUCAGAAGCUCAGGUGGAGAUGGAGACAUUUCAAAAACUUCAGGACCGCGUCGGCCGCACGCCCUGGAGUAGCAUCUCCUGGAGUGGAAAUGGUGACUAUGUCAUUGCAGGCGCCGACCACAAAGCUGCACAUACAAUAUACAUUUGGGAUCGUGUAAGCGGUAACCUAGAUAAGAUUCUAGAGGGGCCUAAAGAACCCCUCCUUGAUGUGCAUUGCCAUCCUUUAAAGUCGACUAUAUGCUCUGUGAAUACAUAUGGCGGAAUUUACAUCUGGUCUACCGUGACCACAGAAAAGUGGGGUGCAUUCGCAGCUCAUUUCGAGGAACUGGACGAAAAUGUCGAAUAUGUUGAGAGGGAAGAUGAGUUUGAUAUAGAAGAUGAAGAGGUUGUCAAGAAGCGGAAGCAAGACGAAGAGGAGCAGGAGGUGGAUAUAAUGGACGUGUCGCAGGAUAUUCGUUUGAUGGACCAGAACGGUGAUGGACAUCCAACUCAGCACCGAUGGUUCGAUGAUGACCCUGAUGAGGACGAUGCAGAAGACUACUUCCCACCCAUAUUUGUAGAGUCAGAGGAGACUGAUGAAAUUGCCCGAUGA